AUGGCCGGCAGCGACGUCGAGAAGGCGACGAAGAAGAAAGAGGAAGAAGAGGCCGCGGCGGAGGCAUCGGCGCUUGGAAAGUCCCUGGCCCGUCUCUCCAUCGAGGAGGGGUCGGGGGUGCGCGUCGUGGAGCGCAUCGUGCACGGUGGUGGCGGCGGCGCGCCUCCGAUGAUGCUCAAUCGCACCAACUACUCUGAUUGGGCCAUGAUCACUAAGCUACAGUUGCAGGCCGACGAACUGUGGCGCGUGGUGGAGACAGGCCAAGGGACGGACCGUGACGACCGGCGCGCCAUGAUCGCCCUCCUCAAGGGGGUCCUGCCGGAGCUCAUGCGGAUCCUCGGCGCCAAGGCCACUUCCAAGGAGGCAUGGGACACUCUGAAGACCAUGCGUGUCGGCGUCGAGCGCGUGCGCGAGGCCAAGGCGCAAACUCACCGGUCGGAGUACGAGGUGCUUCGGUACAAGGACGGUGAGGGAAUCGAGUCGUACGUGAUGCGGCUCAGGACGAUCAUCGACGACCUGCAGGCGCUCGGCGAUCCCGUGGACGAGCACAAGGCCGUCCUCAAGUCGCUCGUCGACACCAAGCAGCUUUCCCUCGAGGAACUCUGCGGCCGGCUCCUUGUCGUCGAGGAGCGAGAGCGCGAGGAGACCCCGGCGCCCGGCGCGCAGCUGCUGUACACCAUCGAUCAGUGGCGGGCGCACGAGAAGCAGCUGGACCAGGGCGGCGCGUCCUCAGGCUCUGGAGCGGGGCAUGGACGCGGGAACGGCAAGCCAAAGAACCUCCAUGGCGGGAGCGGCCGUGGCCAGGGCGGUGGCCGCGGCAACGGUGGUCCAGCGACGCCCAAGCAAAAGGGCAACUGCCGCUACUGCGGCAUCCCAGGUCACUGGGCCAAAGAAUGCCGCAAGAAGGAAAGGGACCAGCGGGAGCAGCCGGACCAACAGGCAAACGUCGCCCAGGUCGACGUCGAGCAGCCGGGCUUGUUGCUGGCCACCUGCGCGGUGGUGAACGGCGAGAGCGUGAACGGCGGCGCACGUGAACCGGGCACGGAGAUCUUCCACAACGAAGCGCGGGUCGUGCCCGUGGCGACGGACGACGACCGCUGGUACCUCGAUACCGGCGCCAGCAACCACAUGACAGGGCGCCGCGACAUGCUCUCGGAGCUCGACGAGACGGUACGAGGUACUGUACAUUUUGGUGACGGCUCGGUCGUGCAGAUUUGUGGGCGCGGCGUUGUGCUCUUCACGUGCCGUAACGGUGAACAUCGCGCACUCGCCGACGUCUACUACAUCCCGCAACUACGCACAAGCAUCGUCAGCAUCGGGCAGCUCGACGAGCGCGGCUGCAAAGCCGUGAUCGAGGACGGGGAACUCUGCCUGUAUGACAGGCAGAGGCUGCUGCUCGCGCGGGUGCGGCAGACGAGCAACCGGCUUUACGUCGUGGCUCUGAACUUGGCCGUACCCGUGUGCCUCCUCGCCGGAGCUCAGGACGAUGCCUAG